AUGGAUAUUCAGUCCAAUCUUGGAUUUAAUCUGGAUAUGGGAUCAGGAUAUAGCGUUGAUGUCAAAUAUGCCCUGGAAAAAGAAGUUGGAAAGUUAAAGUGGAGAGAACACAUGUUAGUAGAUUUCAAGGGUAUGAUGUAUGCACACUUCCUAGCUGCAUUGUUAUCAUUUCUAACUGUGUAUUGGUAUGCUGGUAUAUGGCUACUUGUAUUCUUUAUAUACAGUAGUACCCAGUGCCCUUCUUAUUCUCACAUCAUUGGAUUUGUGGGUGCAUCUGGCUUCUGGCACAAGAGAUACAUGAUAAUAUAUGGUAUAUUUUCACUAGUAAUAUUUGGUGUGUCAUUGGGACUGGCAAUAAAUAUACUCUUCCAGAUAUUGACCCAUGGUUGUGCUGACUGGGAGUUUACUGGUGGCUGUUCUCAUCAAGUUGUUUAUUCAUUUGUUUUUUUUGCCAUGCAUUUCAUCUUUGUGUUCAUUUCCAACAUCUUGUCUUGGAUGUUGUUGCAUAAUUUCCGCUUCAAUACUGGUGACAUUCUGGAGAAGUAUCUAGUGUUGACGAGAGAUAUUGAGAAAGUCAUUGCAUCGGCAAAAUCUGGAAAAAUUAAAGAACAACGCAAUGCUGCGUUUGAACUUGCCAGCUUAGCCACUACUGGUGAUGACAGUAAAUUCAGGAUUGUUACAGAAGGCGGUCUGGAAGUAUUGAUCUCGCUUGGCUUGUCACCAGAUGAAGCAACCCAAGAAUACGCAGCAGAGGCCAUUGCUGAACUGUUGACAGUACCAGCUAUACAGGACCAGUUUGUUGAGAUGGGUGGUGUAUCGACUCUGACUACGUUGCUUCAUUCCAACGAUCAGCGGAUUGUACAGGAAGCAGCCACAGCGUUGUCUUACAUUGUGUCUGAUUCCGAAGAUAACAAACCACAUAUUGUAUCAGAUCGAGGAAUGGAUGAUAUCGCACACGCUGCUAAAAAUGGAUCUGUCGCUACACAGAGAAUUAUUGCUGGCGUUUUCUUAGAAUUGGCAUUCAACGCUGACAUCAGAGCCCAAAUGUCUCAUAUGAAUACACCAGCAAUAGCAUUGAUUGAACUGUGUAAGAGUAAAGAUAAUGAAACUCAACGACUGGCAUUACAAACUUUGGAAUUGAUAGCUAUUGAAUGUGCUGAUGUCAUAUUCUUCCAGGAUAACAUGUUGGAUAUUUUACUUGGCUUAGCAACAUCAACACUGGAUGAAGGUAUAUAUCUACUUGCUGGCAAGAUAUUGUUGUACUAUGCUGAAAACACUGAUACAUGUAGCCAAUUGUUGGCUAAAGAGAAUCUGAAAGAUUCCCUGUCUCAGUUUGCAAAGACAUCAGACCCAAUAUUACAGAAAGUAGUGGCAAAGAUUGUCUUAUCAACAGUAGAAGAACCAAGUCUUGCCAUUCGUGCUAAGGAAAUGAGUUUACAAGAUAUCCUGGUGUACAUACGUGACAAUGCCGCAGAUCGUGAUGCUUGGAAUAUGGCAGACGAAGGAAUACAGAUAUUCGCUACUGAUGAUUUCUUCCGUUUACAACCACAUCCUGGGUCUAGCUCUGACAGUAUGGGUUCUCUGUCCAGUAUCACAAAGCGACCCAUCAUGGCUAGUUCAAGUAGUCUCACUGCUUAG